AUGGCGCCCCCAAGGAACGUGGUGAAGAUCGCCGUUCAGAAGUCUGACGCCAUCCCACAGCUUAUCCAGCUAGACCAGGCAAAGCCCCUGGCCACUGUGCUGAAGGAGGUGUGUGAUGUGUGGAACGUGACUGACUCCGAGCGCUAUGCCCUGAAGUUUGCUGAUGGGCACAAGAGAUUCAUCACAGAGAAUAACCGCACGGAGAUCAAGAAUGGAAGCAUCCUGUGCCUCAGCACUGCCCCAGACCUGGAGGCCCAGCAGCUGCUGGGUGGGUUGCAGAGUACAAGUCGUGAAGGGUGCUAUCAAGCCCUGAAAAACCUGGUCCUGCUGGCCUCAGACAUGACCUUUGCCCAGGAGGUCAUCAGCCGUGAUGGGCUUCAGAGACUAAGCGCCAUCAUUGAAAAUGGGGAUGACCUAGGGGAGAUGCUGGCCCUUGGUCUAAGGGCUUUCUUGGAGCUCAUGGAACACGGCGUGGUGUCCUGGGAGACACUCAGCAUCCCCUUUGUCAGGAAGGUGGUAUCUUAUGUGAACAUGAACCUGAUGGAUGCCUCUGUGCAGCCCUUAGCCCUCAGGCUGCUGGAGAGUGUGACUUUGAGCAGCCCUGCCCUGGGCCAGCUGGUGAAGAGUGAGGUGCCACUGGAUAGGCUGCUGGUGCACCUGCAGGUAAUGAACCAGCAGCUGCAAACCAAGGCUAUGGCUUUGCUGACAGCCCUGCUGCAGGGGGCCAGCCCUGCUGAACGGAAGCAUAUGCUUGACUACCUAUGGCAGAGGAAUCUUCGCCAGUUCAUCUACAAGAAUAUCAUCCACAGUGCGGCUCCCAUGGGCGAUGAGAUGGCUCACCACUUGUAUGUGCUGCAGGCUCUUACACUGGGGUUGCUGGAGCCACGGAUGCGGACACCACUUGACCCCUACAGCCAGGAACAGCGGGAGCAGCUGCAGGCCCUGCGCCAGGCAGCCUUUGAACCAGAGGGGGAGUCCUUGGGCACAGGACUGAGUGCUGAUCGCCGCCGUUCUCUCUGUGUCCGAGAGUUCCGAAAGCUAGGCUUCUCUAACAGCAAUCCAGCCCAGGACCUGGAGCGUGUGCCCCCAGGCCUGCUGGCCCUGGACAACAUGCUCUACUUCUCCAGGCAUGCGCCCAGUGCAUACAGUCGGUUCGUGUUGGAGAACAGUAGCCGAGAGGACAAGCAUGAGUGCCCCUUUGCCCAGAGCAGCAUCCAGCUGACAGUGUUGCUGUGUGAGCUGCUCCAUGUUGGGGAGCCUUGCUCCGAGACAGCCCAGGACUUCUCACCCAUGUUCUUCAGCCAAGACCAUAGUUUCCAUGAGCUCUUCUGUGUGGCUAUCCAGCUGCUGAAUAAGACCUGGAAGGAAAUGCGGGCAACACGGGAGGAUUUUGACAAGGUAAUGCAGGUGGUUCGGGAGCAGCUAGCCCGGACGCUGGCUCUGAAGCCCACCUCUCUGGAGCUCUUCCGAACCAAAGUGAAUGCUCUCACCUAUGGGGAAGUGUUGAGGCUGCGACAGACAGAACGGCUGCACCAGGAGGGCACUCUGGCCCCUCCUAUACUGGAGUUGCGGGAGAAGUUGAAGCCAGAGCUCAUGGGCCUGAUCCGCCAGCAGCGUUUGCUCCGACUCUGUGAGGGGAUGCUCUUCCGCAAGAUCAGCAGCCGGAGACGCCAGGACAAGCUGUGGUUCUGCUGUUUAUCCCCCAACCACAAAGUGCUGCAGUAUGGGGAUGUGGAAGAGGGUGCCAACCCACCCACCCUAGAGAGUCUACCUGAGCAGCUCCCUGUGGCAGACAUCAGGGCACUCCUAAUGGGCAAGGACUGCCCCCAUGUCCGGGAGAAGGGUUCUGGGAAGCAGAACAAGGACCUCUAUGAGUUAGCUUUCUCCAUCAGCUAUGACCAUGGGGAGGAAGAAGCAUACCUCAACUUCAUUGCCCCUUCCAAACGGGAUUUCUACCUGUGGACAGAUGGGCUGAGUGCCCUGCUGGGCAGCACCAUGGGCAGUGAGCAGACUCGGCUAGACCUGGAACAGCUGCUUACUAUGGAGACCAAGUUGCGCUUGUUGGAACUGGAGAAUGUGCCCAUUCCCGAGCAGCCUCCCCCAGUACCCCCACCCCCUACCAACUUUAACUUCUGCUAUGACUUCAGCAUCACUGAGCCUUGACUGAAGUUGGCCAUGGGCCACAACUGGUGCUGCUGUAGCAGCCACAAAGAGGGAUGAAAAGCACAGACAACCUGACCAGCAGAGCCUCUAGCAGAAAUAAAGUUGGCUUGGCUCAUAGAUACGUGUCAAAUCAGCUCUGAACCUGUGGGCUAAGCCUGUUGAUAAACAUGGACAUGUCUUCAAACGUAGUAAAUGACGUAAGGGCACCAGGUAGGACCAUACACUUGGACAGCUUACUGCCUUUGGAAGGCUGGUGUUGGGUGGAGACAGGUAGGGACUAUUGCCCUUCUUGAAAUAAGUCCUUAGCGUUGUCAGUUCUGGACAUGAAGAGAGGGCUGACCUGUCAUUUGAAGUAGCAGCCAAAGAAGAGAUUGGCAUGUCAGCCAACUGCCAAGAGAAGCAGCAGGGCUGGACACAUUGCCCCAAAUGGACACGGUCCUGGGCCUCAGCAACAGGGGUCUGUCUGGAAGCCGCGCUUCCGAGGCUCCUGGUAGUCUGCCCUCAUUUCCCAACCUUGCUUGGCCCUGGCCCUUGUCCUCCAUGGGAUGCAGAGACCUUUGGUGAGAGAGAGGCAUGAGGGAGAGAUGCAAAGCUGCGGAGAAGGCUGUCAGCUCCAAAGGGGUAGAUCUGCACAAGAGAAUUACGAUCUAACUCACGAUCGUAUGUGAGGUGGUGAUCACAGACAAGCCAGAGUCUGUGGGGCAGAAGUGCUGAGACAAGGUGGGUCCAGUUGGAGGCAACAGUCACAAACUCCAGGCCCCUAAGACAAAUAAUUCAGCAAUCCAGGGGCCCCACAGGGUAGGCUGAAAGCUACCACUAUCCUGAGUAACUUCUAUAAACCAUUCAUUACUCCUCAAAUACUGUGUUUAACAUGCUAUUCAUCAAUGCUGUGCCUUAAAAUUGAUUAAAUGGCAUUUCCUUUGGAGAAAGUGCUAGCAAAACACUUGGCCCCUCAAAACAAAAACAAAAACAAAAAACCUGACUACACUUCCAAUCUUCAGAGUGUCCAUACUUGGACACAAAGCCUUGCUACUACACUUAGAACAGACUUUUGAGUUUAAGGUGGAAACGGAGGGUAGAGGUCCUAGUUGCAGUUAGUGUCCCAGUACAGUCAAUUCUCAGUAUCUUCAUUACUUGUCCAUGCUACCACCAUCCUGGCAAAGCCCCCUAACUUCUGGCUUCUAGUCUUGUUCCUCUGAUCAUUUCAGUAGCUGCCACUCCAACACUACAAAUUUAAUGUGAUUACAUACUCAUACAUAUACCCUAUGGUGGUUUGAAUGAGAAAUGACCCCCAUAGGCUCAUAUAUCAGAAUGCUUGGUCCCAGUUAGUGGAACUGAUUGGAAAGGAUUAGUAGGUGUACCCUUGGAGGAGGUAUGCACUGGGAAUGGGCUUUUGAGGCUUCAAAAGCCCACACCAGGUAGUCUAGUUCUCUCUUUGACUGCUGCCUAUGGAUCAGGAUGUAAGCUCUUAGCUACUGCUCCCCACCAUGAUGGUCAUGGACUAACCUUCUGCAACUAUAAGCAAGCCCCCAAUUAAAUUCCUCCCUUUAUAAGUGCCUUGGUCACAGUAUUUCACCACAGCAACAUAACAAUAACUAAGACACAUCCUAUAUUGUUCAGUAUCUCACUACUGUUCUAUUACUAUGGUUACCACGGUUGAAUACCGAGUUAAGCUGGUAAGUUGCACAGACAUGUUUUAGUCCUUCCAUUUGGUCUUCAAGGUUCCUGUUGUCAAGCCAGCAUCCUCCCUGUACCCUAUCAGGGCCUACACAUACCCCUCCAUACCAGAACCAGCUCCAGUCUGUCCAUCCGACCUCUAUGCCCUCUUCUGCCAUUUUCACUGCCUUGAUGCCUUCCUUGACCCUCUAAAUUCAUUGCUGCCCUAGGUUCCUUGCCCCGGGUGCUAAUUCUCUGUUCAUACAUCCCCUGCAUACCAGACUGUUCUGUCUACUGGCUUAUUUGCCUCCCUAUGGAGUUUGGUGAUUGGGAGAACAAUGGCAUUUCUGAAUUCCAACCUGAAGCACAGUGGCUGCAGGUACUCAGCACUGGCUAGCUGCUUCUAGAACUAAUAAACAGACAGACAAGGCAUGGGGACACACAAGAGGAUCACUGGAUAGACUACCUCAGAGCUGCUAUUGAGAAGGCACUGGCAUUGUUCAGAGGGUUUGGACUAUAUGACCACUUAGGACCCUCCUACUCAGAGAUGCUGUCUUAUUUCUUACCCUACCCCAAGACAGUACAUGAAUCUGCUAAACAGUUGUUCCCAAGUCUGGUUAGGACCAGUGCCUUUGCAGCAGGGCAUGUCCAGAAGGGUUGUGCUGGGAAAGGCCUCCAAAAUCUAUGUGGAGGA